UUCACUUCCGGCAGGGUGUAGCCAUUUUGUUUCAACUGUCAUCAACGGUUGCCAGAUAGAAAAGGGGAGAUGACGAUAUUCAAACGAAUAUCUCAGUUGGAAAUUAAAAGAGAGAGCAUCAAAUGUGUUUAAGGAAAACGAUUAUAUAUCGUUUAGUCUUAGAUUAGGAAGAAAUAUUUAAUAUAGCAAUGAAAAAGAGGGAUUCAGAAGGAGUGCAUGCAGUGUCAGCCAUGUCUGUUUCGUCUGGAAAUUCCCGUGGCUCGGAACGGCGAAGGUUGAGCCGGUUCUCCCUCAGGCGACUAUUUUAUCCUGGAGUAAGGACGGGAAAAUCCAAGUCUCGGAUUAGUUUGGACUCAGACUCCGGGAAAUCUGAGAUGAGCCUGAGUCCAGCAUCCUCCGAGCGAGACCCUGCCCACUCGGUUCAUUUGAUGAGUAAAUCAGUUCAGACUGUUCCUGAGACUGAGCAUCUGCCGGUCAUUUCAGCCUCUGGAAUGAGGGAAUGUCCACUGUGUUUGAUUGAGAGACCAGUAGAGGAUUUCCCAGAAAUCAUGACGUGUCACCAUCGCUCCUGUAGCACCUGUCUGCAGACAUAUCUAAAAAUAGAAAUCACAGAGAGUCGGAUAAACAUUUCCUGUCCGGAGUGUACGGAGAAGUACCACCCUAACGACAUUCGGAACAUUCUACAGAACCAGAGUCUGAUGGACAAGUACGAGGAUUUCAUGGUUCGGCGAGUCCUCGUUUCAGAUCCAGAUGUGCGCUGGUGCCCAGCCCCUGACUGUGGCUAUGCAGUGAUAGCUGCAGGCUGUGCGGGGUGUCCCAAGAUUCACUGUGGGCGCCCGGGCUGCGACACCUACUUCUGUUAUCACUGUAAGCAGUACUGGCACCCCAACAAGACGUGUGAUGCGGCCCGGGCCGAGCGGUCACCCAACAUACGCUCAGCCUCCAUCAGCUAUGGUCCUGACUCAGACAUCCAGAACAAAGAUGAUAUCAAACCGUGUCCUCGAUGUGGUGCCUUCAUCAUGAAGAUGAACGAUGGAUCCUGUAACCACAUGGCUUGUCCAGUGUGUGGCGCGGAGUUUUGUUGGCUCUGUAUGAAGGAGAUAUCAGACUUACACUAUCUCAGUCCCUCUGGCUGUACUUUCUGGGGAAAGAAGCCUUGGAGUAGGAAGAAAAAGAUCCUGUGGCAGCUGGGGACACUUGUCGGGGCGCCUGUUGGAAUCACGCUGAUCGCUGGAAUCGCCGUCCCCGCAAUGAUCAUUGGCAUUCCAGUGUGGGUCGGGAGAAAGAUAUACUCUAAGUAUGAGCUUGUGUACACAUCCAAACACAAACGAAAUCUGGCCAUUACAGGGGGCGUGGCUGCCUCUAUCAUCGUGGCUCCGGUGGUUGCUGGCCUGACAGUCGCAAUUGGAGUUCCUAUCUUAUUGGCCUAUGUGUAUGGAGUGGUUCCCAUCUCCCUGUGUAGAAGUGGAGGAUGUGGGGUCACAACCUCUGGAAAGGGUGGGGUCAGGUUUGAGUUUGAUGAGGAUAAUGAAACAGCAGGGACCAUUGGUCAACAUUUAGAUAAUCAAAGUGUGGGCACUGGGCACAAUGUGGCCAAUCCGAGCAUCGGGCCGAGCAUUGGGGACGCCUCCCUGGGGAUGACCAGCAGUCGUAGUGCGAGCGGUAGCCACCUGGAAAGAAUCGGGAUCAUCCGUGACGAGGGCGACACAGCCAGUACCAGGGCUAUUGGUGGGAUGAGUCUGAACGGCAGUAUAUGUGAAGGGGCCUCACUGAUCAGUGCUUUCCAAUCAAAACUUGAGGUGCAAGCCGACGUGUCAUCCAAUCUUCAGAAGAGAAACAGUUUCAGCAGUGGCUCUGCUAACUUCAGCAUAGGAGAGAAGUCGGGCACUGUAUCUAUUGGAGACAAUGCCAGCACAAAGGCUCUGGCCGGGUCUAUAGCCGGAUACAGGGACAAAGAUAACAGCUCAAUAGGGACAUCUCCAUAUGAAGUUCAAGUGGAUGUGGAUUCUACCCCAAGUCCCGAGGACGAGGUUGAGAGACCCCUCCCUGAGAGGCCCCGCAAUCACUCGGGUCAGAGUUCACCCGUGUCGGGCUGCAGUGUACGCCUAUCUUCCAUGGAUGAUCACAAGCACAAGUGCCGUCGCUGUAAGCGAUCAGUGGCCAGUGAUCGCUGCUCGGAGCAACAAAGUGUGCACUUUUCCGACCGCGUCAGCCUGCAAAACUUUCAAACUGAUGAAAUUGUUUCCCAAAGCUUGAAUGAGAAUUCAGAAGAGAUGGACCUGAAUGAAGAGUCUGUGUUUGAACCAGUAAAUAAUCCUAUAUUUAAGGAGGUUAUUUGUGGCAAGACGCCAGAGACUUUUAACGACCAUUCUUCAGCCUUUGAGAAGGCCCUCGCGGCAUCAUUACCUGAGGUGGAGAGUGACAAGCCGGUGUUGAAAGAGACGGAAACAGCCCGUAAAGCUGUGUCCACCACCGCCCUCAUCACACAACAGGACUUCAAGGGGGUGGGGAACCACCGCAACCUGAGCAAAAGUAAGAGUCAUGAAGACUGUGCCAUAGCCAAGCAGAAACAAAAGAAAGGCAGGAUCAGGCAUCAUAGCUGUGAGAUUGCUAUGAACUCGGGGCGGAUUUCUCCCUCAGUACUAGCCAAUCACAAUAAUCGGUCAGCGCUUUAGCCAAUGGUAACCACCGGUCAGCUCUGUGAGAGCUCCGUGUCACCUCAUCAGUACUAACUAGUGCUGGGUCCUGGAUAACAGGUCUAUUCCCUGUAGGACUAACAGUGCCCCUGGUUGUUUGUCGAUUACAGAUUUAAAGCAUUACAGUUACUCGCAAUCUUAGUUCUUAUGUUGUUCGUUUCAGUAACUUUUCUGUUUAAUUAUCGAAAAGUUGAGCCCUGUUGAACAUUCAAUGCAGAAAUGAUACAUGUAUUUAGAAGUCUCAGGGAAAUAUCAGAAAAAAUGUAAAAGUUGUAAAGAUUUUAGGGGAAAAGAGUUUUGGAAUGUUUUUAUUUUUUCAAAAAUGAAUUAAUUUGACCAUUUUUUGGGGCAGUGUUUCUAAAAUAAGAAGAAAUAAUGUAAUCAAUUUAUUUGGUCGGAUGAUCAUUCUGUUUUGGAUGUUUUGAGGGCGUUCCAUUGGUGCUCAUAGGGUUUAUUUUUUCUUUUGUUUGUUUUUUUUUAUACAGAAUGUUUUCCUCAGUUGCUCAUUGUCAUAUAUCAAGAACAGUGAGGCUAAGUCCUUGUGAUAUCUUAUAUUGAAUGUUUGAUAUUGAGAGUUGUUUAAAAAUCUAUUUUGUACAAAUUUGUUUUGUUUACAUGUUUAGAUGAAUGUUGUUGGGUUUUUUCAGUAUUGUGGUAUUUUGAUCUUUUUUAACAUUUUGUUGACCUCUCUAUUGCUUUUCAUGUUCUGUCACAUGCAUGUUAUAAACAAAAAUUGAAUGGCAGAAAAAAAAAUUAUCAAAAAAUGACAAGCUCUUUAAAUGUGAGAGUUGUAGCCAAACCCUCAUUUACAUGUAACUGUUUCUGAUGUUGUCAUGCGCUGUAGAAAAGUUAACAAUAGUGUCGAAAUGCUUGAGUUUAAUUUUUGUGUAUUAGACAGUUAAGUCAGUGCCUUUCUGUAUUUAUCAGCAUUGGUAACCCUUCACAAGGGGCCAUGUGUAGGGCCUCUGGUAGCCUACCAUUUUAACUCGUUAUUCCUGCUCUCAUAUCACUAACAGUACCCAUAAUGAUACUUUCUACAGAAGGAGGACACAUUUCAGAAAUACACCGUAAAAUUGCAAUUUGAUGCUAGAUAAGAUACUGUAGGGUAUUAAUUCAGAAAGCCUGUGAGUGCACAAUCUCCAAAUACAGGCUGUGUGUUUGCCUUCUUAUCAAUAACUUCUCAUUACCAUUAUUACCCAAGGAGGAAAUAUUCAAUGCACACUCAGUGUAAAACUUUCACAAAUGGCCGGUGAACCUUAAAAUGGGAACAAACUGGGUUCUAAUUUUUGUGUAACCCAGUUUGAGAUUAUUCUCAUUGAAUGAAUGGAAAUAUAAGCUCCGUCUUCUUUUCUUUGAAACCAAAACUUAUGGUGCUCUUACAAUCUAUACAAAUCCAAUAAGAGGAAAGGUCAAUAGAUAGAACAUUCAAAUUUAUGUGAAACAAAAUGGCAGAAUAUGUGUCAAUUCAACAAGCCAUGGACCAAAGAUGACAAAUUUAUUGUAAAUUGGUGUUUUGUCGAGUUGGACAGAACAGAGGUUAUCUCUAGGGGGUCAAGUGCCAAGGUCACCUUGUUUCAUGCCCUGAUGCUGUAAUGGUCAAUCCUAGCUCCCAAAUGACAGUAAAUCUAAAUCUCGUUUACUGUCACCACCCAGAUGGGCUAUAGUUACAAGAGUCCAGGUCCUCAGUAAUGUAAACCUCUUUCUCUGAUCACCAUUCUGAUGGUCUCUAGUUUCAAGUGUACAUACGUUGUAUUAUGUAUUUAUUUCGAACAUCUUUAGUUGUAACAGUUUUCUCAGUGAAAAUGUGCAAUAUAUUUAAUGACUAAGUCAUUCGUGUUACAAGAAUAGGCCUUCUAGCUUCACAUUCCAACGGUAAGACCAAUGAAUGAACAAGCAGAAUGCAGGCAUAACAGGAUCUGACGUCAUCCUGACACACUGUAGACACCGCAGUUAUCUCCCCUGGCUAUUUAUCAGUGCUAUAAAUAAUUUUUGUUUUUAUGAUAAUGAUACUUGUGUCAGUAAUGAACUAUUGUAAUGAUUCACAACUAAACAUUAAACGGGGUUUACAGUGUGUUAAGAUUAGAAUGAAUAAAUUAUAGAUAAAGUAAAUGAAACAGAAUGUAUUAUGAUGUAUAAUGAAAAGUUCUUUUUUAUGUGAUGAAUGAAUGAAUUUUGGAGAAAAUUAAAAUAUGACGCACAUUAA